AUGUGUUAUACUAUAGCUACUUUCGCCAUGAUCGUUACGCAUUUUAAAAACAAGGUGUCGGGGCCCGCUCGUGGCACAGCGGAGUAUUGCGGCCCCACCGCCAACGGCCCCACCAUUUCGUUCAGCAGCUUCCGGCAGUCCUUCACCUCCAAUGUCAAUUACCUGAAACGGCGCUUCAGCUCCGGGGACCUGUCCUCGGAGUGCGAUGAUGCCGAGGCGCCGGUGGACCCCUACACCAAGCCGCCGGUCACCGCCCAGCCCCAGGCGCCGCCACCGCCGCCUCCAUCUCAGUCGAGCACCACCGGAGAUUUGUCGCUCAAUCUUCGCCCCGGCUCGAAGACGACCAGCGCUCCCAGUUCUCCGGCCAAGUCCCGAGAGAGUCUCCUCCAGAGGGUCCAGUCGCUCACUGGGCAGGCACGGGAUCAGGGCGCUUCUAUUCUCGGAGCGGCUGUGUCAAGUGCCACCAGAGUAACGUCCACGGUGACUGGAAGACAUCUGACGCUUCUGGUAAUCGACGACCAAAAUACCGAUUGGAGCAAAUACUUCAGGGGUAAGAAAAUCGGUGAUUACGACAUCAGAGUAGAACAAGCCGAGUUCAGGGAAAUUACAGUUACGGCUACUUCUGAAGGCGCCAACGUGUCUAUGACGGUCUUCAGAGGUGGUACUAGGGUUGGAAGAUCAUUUAGACCCGAUUUCUUGCUGGUCAGACAAAACCUCAGGGAUGCCGGAGAGGACCACAAAAAGCUGCUAUUGGCUCUGAAAUUUGGCGGAGUUCCAAGCAUAAACAAUUUGAAUUCAAUUUACAACUUCCAGGAUAAACCGUGGGUUUUUGGCCACCUUGUACAGGUCCAAAGGAGGCUCGGCAAAGAAAAUUUUCCUCUGAUCGAACAAACAUUUUAUCCGGAUCACCAUGAAAUGGUAAGUUUUUUGCAUGGUACAAUUUCUAAACCGAUACAGUCUCAUAUAAAUUUUUCCGAAGUGAGGAACUAAAAUUAGUAGUUUGU